AUGGCUGCGGGGACGAGAGGCCGUGCCGUGAUGCAACUCGCCGGCGAUGUCAUCAGCAACUUCUUCACCGGCUACUAUGAGGAAGCCAGGCCCACUUCCACAGAAAGGGAGGCCAUCAGGUUGAAGAAUGAGCUCGACGUGAUCAGAGUGAUUCUGGAGCACUUGGUGGGCCCCGGUGACUUCUUCUCGUCUGACGAGCGCGCGGAGUUUGCGGCGGAGGCUUUUGCAGCUUGGGGGGACUGCAAAGGUUGUCUGGCUGCAAAGCAGCGGGGUGUCACAGAAGGAGUCCCGUUUGCCCAGUACAAUCGCGAUGGGAUCGAUCACGUCUAUGUCACAAAUGGUCCCUUCAGAGACAUCGCACAUGCAAUCGUGAACCACCAGCAGAUGCUAGACAAGGACUUUUUUGACAGCGUCGUGGAGCGAAUGGAGGAGUAUCACACCAAAAGCAAAGCUGCCGGUGACGAGUAUGGACCAGAUGAGUACAAAGCCAUGGCCAUAGAGCUGGCCACCGUUGCAGCGCUCUGCUCCGGCGUGAGAGCCUUCUUCGCAGCCUCAGGGUUGCCGUGCCCCGAAUUCCCAGAGAAGCCCAGUGUCUGCCAGCCAGCUCAGUUCAAGAGCGUGAUGCAGUAUGCAAGCGGCCCUUUGAACACAAACAUGGCCAUAGCAUGGGGUCCGUACUUGAAUGCAUCACAACUUCGCGAAGAUGUUGCAGCACGUGCCGAUUUCGACAAGACGACGUGGAUGUUUGCGACAGCAGACGAUGCAGCUCCCACGUCAAAAGCCUCCGCAUCGCCUUUGACUUGCAUGGAUUUCCUCCGCUUUGCCAAUGUCAUGUACUUCCCAGUCGAAGAUGCAGCACGCUUCUUCAACGUGCCCGGGGAGGAUCGGCACUUGACGCGCGGCCAGCUUGAAAUUGCUGCGGCGGUCUACACCAGGACCAAGUCUUGCGGCUACUGA